AUGGCCUGCCUCACAAUUUAUUGCACCUUGGUGCCUGGCUCCAGGGAGAUCAAAUCCCAAGAGGGUGAAGUGACCAGGAACUUGAAUAGAAAGCAGAUCAAAUAUAGCCUGGUGAAUAUCUCCCAGGAUAAUGACCACCCAAAAGCCAUCCCUCCCCAGGUUUUCAAUGGGGACCACUUCUGUGGAGACUAUGAAUGGAUUGUGGGAGCACUGGGACAGAACGUCCUGCUGGAAUUCCUGAAGUUAGCUUGAGUGCGUUUCUUCCUCAACCCCAU